CAACAAGUUGAUCCACAUACCUUUAUUUCUUUUCUGCCGGUCGGAUGUUCAUUUCUUUUGUUCUCAUUGGUGUUUGUCGGUUUGUCUUAGAUUUUGUGAGUUAAAAGUGCAAUUAUUUGCUGCAAUUUUGGAAUAAAAAUUAAAAUAUCUAUAUUUGAAGUGAUUUAUCGACAAUUUGUUUAAAGUGUAAAAUUCUAACAAUUACAAAACUUCUUGCGUAGAAGGGCAUGAACGUUUUUGCUUCAAUUGAAGCUUGCAUUUGUGUAUUGAGUGAGCAAGGCGACAGUUUUUAACUGCCGGGGCUUCAUAAAUCAAUGCAAAUAAGAGUGAUUUUUUCCGUUGCAAGUUUGGGAAUUUCAUCACAAUCCACAACGGCAGGACUUGCAGAGCCCCAACUGCAACCACAACAUAAAAAUCAAAGUGGAGCCGUAGCCAACAGCUCAGUUGCGGGGGGUGGUGAAACAGAAGGAGACGACAACAAAAAAUCCAGUGUAUUGGAGCAGGUUUUCAAUCGUGGACGUCGUAGGGUAGCAAGAUGAUGCUUCAAACAGGCUGCAAUGAUGCUGAGCUAAAUGAUGCUUGCAGCACACCAAAUUAUUUGUGCCAUAGAAAUACUCCCAAUGAUGAGGAGGCGGGAAUUGGAAAUUUGGACAAUCUUUGCAGUAUAAGCUUCGAAGAUUUGCUCUCUCACCAGUGUCAAGGUGAAAGCACGCUUCCUCCUGUAGAAACGGUUCUACCUCGUUAUGAAUAUAUUAAUGCCACCACCACCUCCAUAACUCCACCACCUUCGAUACCUUCUCCUUCUAUAUUUGCUCCAAACACCUUCGACCUUGUCACAACAAACACAACACAACCUCAUACUCAACAUAAUCAUAUUAACAUAAAACCCAUGACGAACCCAAACAUGCUUUAUCAAAUUAGUGCCAAUGCGAACCCAAACAUGAUUCAGCCUCAACAAUUCAAUCAUAUGCGUUCAACCAACAACAUAUCAUCCACAGGUGUUCAGCUGUUAAAUGUUGUGGAUCAUAAUUUUUCAAAUAAUAGCGAACCAAAUUCAAAUACAUUGGAAGCCUUACAUAAUAUAAGCCAAAUGUCGCCUGAUAAUGCCACAGUAUAUGUGUCAGAUGCUUCAACAGUGGAUGCUUCGGAAAAUGACUUGUUAACUGACGAACCAUUUACUUACUUGCAAAAUUUAAAUUCCGACAAUUUGAUGAAAUUUAGUCAGCAAUCGGAAAUAAUGCAUUUGAUGGAUCAAAUGGUGGAACCAAAAAUGACCAACAAUUGCAUUCCACUGGCAGAGGAACAUGAUCAGGCUGGUUAUGAUUUUCGCAUUCAAUUCAAUUGUGGUAACACUUCAUCGCGAGCUGUCCUGUACUCGAAAGACACAAAGAGGCUCUAUGUGCGUCCCCACGAAAAUGUAACCUUCGAUUGUACCUUUAAGGUUAAGAUGCCCAUACAACCAUUGAAUGUGCGCAUUUUGCCCAUUUACACCAAGGACACCAGUGAGCCGGUAUUGCGUUGUGCAAAUCACAUCAGCAAAGACACAGAACCCGAUGAAAUUAUUCGCAGCAGUCUGUUACGCUGCGAAAAUCUUGGUGCCAUUUACCAUGGUAGUGAUACGGGCAAAAGUAUUAAGGAGCGAUAUUCGGUAGUCGUACCUCUAAAUGCCGCUGUCAAGGUGAAUGACGGCAGCAACUAUUUGAAGCAACAGGUCAUCAUAAGCUUCACAUGUAAUAAUUCUUGCAAUGGGCGCAAAGAGAUUGCAGCCUUAUUCCUUUUGGAGACUAUGAACGGUGAUAUCUUAGCUCAGCGUGAAUUGUCUGUUAAAAUAUCCACAUGUCCCAAACGUGACCGAAAAUUAUAUGAAAAGACAGAAACAGUUAGAAAACGUCCGCCCAAUGAACCUGAAUUCAUUCACGAGCCCAAAAUGCCCAAAUUCGAUGAGUCGUACAUUAAAGAUGAAUUUAGUCGUAGCAGUUAUGGUGAGCCAAGUGAUGAUGAAACCAGUGGACCGGCUAAUGGUGAUUGUGGUAGAGAUGAUAUUGAUGUCUCUUUAGAUCCAGACAAUGGGGGUUAUGUGCUGAAGUUACGCUACAGAACGCGCCAACAAAUGUUGGAUGUUUUAAGGGUAUUAUACAGCAAUGCUGUAAGCAAUGAGGUAUUCUAUAAAUCUACUGUUCGAGGCAAAAGGACAAGGGAUAGUGAGCAAUUUAGAAGAUGUUAUGAAAAAAGUUUGAGGCUUUCGCAACAUCCUGACCACCAACAACCAUGAUUGUAUCAAUUAUGUUGUAUUAGCUAUUAGGUUAUACGCUUUAAGGUUUUCUUUUUUAAGUUUUCAUUGUUGAAUUCACCAUAAUGUCAUGUCAUAAAUUUUGUAAAUUUUUAUGUUUGAUCAUUGAAA